UUAAGAGGCUCCCUUUGUCAUGUAUAAAAAGCAAGAGCCUCCGCAAUCCCCUCUAAGCUGCACAAGUUCACCUCUCUGGAGCUCUUACCCAAGCAUCACUCACCAUGGAUGAUAUUUACAAGGCAGCGGUGGAACAACUUACAGAGGAGCAGAAAAAUGAAUUCAGGGCAGCUUUUGAUAUUUUCGUACAAGAUGCAGAAGAUGGUUGCAUCAGUACAAAGGAAUUGGGAAAGGUGAUGAGAAUGCUUGGUCAGAACCCCACCCCAGAGGAGCUGCAGGAGAUGAUAGAUGAGGUGGAUGAAGACGGGAGCGGCACGGUAGACUUUGAUGAGUUCUUGGUCAUGAUGGUCCGGUGUAUGAAAGAUGACAGCAAAGGAAAAUCAGAAGAAGAGUUAUCAGACCUGUUCCGGAUGUUUGACAAAAAUGCUGAUGGAUAUAUUGACCUUGAUGAGUUAAAGAUCAUGCUGGAAGCUACUGGGGAAACGAUCACUGAAGAUGACAUCGAGGAACUGAUGAGAGAUGGGGACAAAAAUAACGAUGGCAGAAUUGAUUAUGACGAAUUCCUGGAAUUCAUGAAGGGAGUUGAAUAAAUGCGAGAUUACCGCAACAAAUAUAAGCACCCUCUUGUUUCAAGAUUUCUGGACUAAAUCCCAAACUGCAUCCAAAUAAAAAAGUGAAAAGCGAGCAAAGAAAAAUAAAAGCAUUUUCAGAUUUACUACUAAUUUCAUUACUUUCAUCCCGUUUUUAGCUCUCCUCUUUUUGCAAUAUUGUCUUGGGUGACGCAUCUCUGUCCCUACUUCAUAUGUAGGAAUUUAUUUAAAUUUUAUAUUGUAUUAUAAUUACCAUGUCGGUCUGCAAAUAUGUACAAAGAUGUUUACUUCUUAACCCUUCGACAGCAAGAGGGUUGAACACUAUGUUACACCAACAAAAUAUGGCGUGGGUUUAAUCAUUGGCAACAAACGAUAAUCAGCAUAUUACGUGGUAUUAAAAUAUUCUGAACAGCUAAUAAACCAAUUUGCAAAUA